AUGGCCAUUGUGGUGGUGGUGGUGUUCAUGCUUGUGGUGGCGGUGGUGGUGGUGAUGGUUGUGGUGGUGGUUUUUGCUGUGUUAGUGGUGGUGGUGCUCGUUGCGGGGGUGGUUGUUAUGGUGGUGGUGCUUGUAGUCGUGGUGGUGGCCGUAGUGGUGGUAGUGGUAGUGGUGAGGGUUGUUGUGGUAACCGUGAUGGGAUGUGGUGGUGAUGGUCGUUGUUGUGGUGGUGGUGGUCAUGCUUGUGGUGGUGGUGGCUGUGGUGAUGGUGGGGGUGGGGGUGAUGAUGGUGGUGGUGGUGGUGGUGGCCAUGGUAGUGGUGAUGGUUGUGGCCGUGGUGGUGGUGGUGGUUGUGGCGGUGGUGGUAGUGGUGCCUGUUGUGGGGGAAGUUGUGGUGGUGGUGGUGGUUGA